GGCACUCGGAGGCUACAGGGAAGGAGAAGGGAUCAGGAGCGGGAGCUGAGGGAAGGGAGAAACCGGUCCGGGUCUGGCCGCUGCCGCUGCUCGCCGGAGGUCUCCAGGCCCGGCUGCGGCUCAGUCGUCGGCUCCGGGGCAUCGUCUGCGAGGCUCCGCCGGGCCAGCGUGGGAGAGCCGCGGGCGGCGGCUGCCGCAUCAUGUCAGCCAAGGACGAGCGUGCCCGGGAGAUCCUGAGGGGCUUCAAACUAAACUGGAUGAACCUCCGGGAUGCUGAGACAGGGAAGAUACUCUGGCAAGGAACGGAAGACCUGUCCGUCCCCGGAGUGGAGCAUGAAGCCCGUGUUCCCAAGAAAAUUCUCAAGUGCAAGGCAGUAUCCCGAGAACUGAACUUCUCUUCAGCAGAGCAGAUGGAAAAAUUCCGCCUGGAACAAAAAGUUUACUUCAAAGGGCAAUGCCUAGAAGAGUGGUUCUUCGAGUUCGGCUUUGUGAUCCCCAACUCCACAAACACCUGGCAGUCCCUGAUAGAAGCGGCGCCUGAGUCCCAGAUGAUGCCCGCCAGCGUGCUAACUGGGAACGUGAUCAUAGAGACAAAGUUUUUCGACGACGAUCUUCUCGUAAGCACAUCCAGAGUGAGACUGUUCUACGUUUGAGAGAAGAAUGUACGUGCAUUUCAAGAGUUUGCGUUUUGGGGGGGAAGGAGGAAACCGUUUACUUUUUUCCUCCACACAUUUAAUUUUGACACUUCCACCCCGAUUCCCUCCACGACAAAACCUGCCUGCGGCCGCCAGGGGACCAGCUCUGCGUGGGUAACCAGAUGGCUUUCUUCCCUCAAGCUGCCAGCCCCGCUGACCGGACUCAACUCCCCACCUCAGACCAGGGCAGAGAGCGCGCCCCGACCCCAUCCCAGGGGAAACGCGGGACGGACACACACCGGGCGGCGCUCCUCCCGCCGCCUCCCCGCCGCCUCCUCCUCCUCCUCCUCCUCGGGUCCUGCCGGAGACACAGCUCCCUCCGGCCCCGGCUUUGGAAAACUCCUGUUCUUGACCCACGUUUAGUCUUUUCCUACCGUUUCUAUUUCAUACAUUCUCAUACAUUUAACUUGUAAAAUAGACUGUGAUAUUAUUAUGUAAUGAAUUGAGACAUACGAAUUAAACUAUUCCU